GCCGCUCUAGGGGCCCGUGUACCCCGGGCCCUAAGCCCACUCUCCCAGUUUUCCACAGUCGGUCCCAGGACUUCGCGGCGCCGACCCUGCGCGUCCAUAGGCGGCAGCUGGGGGAGCUAGAGGCUCGCAGUGAAUCCGGAAUGCGAGCCGGGAGCGCUGGCCGCCCGGAGCUGAGCUCCGGCUGUCCCCGUGGGGACCCCGAGGCGCGCCCGCCGCCCGCGGAGCCCGGAGCCCGGAGCCUGGAGCAGAAGAGGGGCGGGGAAGAGACUGGGGUGCGGAGAUGGCGCGACGCUGCAGCGCAGGACUCCUUGGAUCAGGGCAAGGAACAACACAACCCCCUUUCCUGGGGGAGCCCCUAGCUCCUGGGACCUGGCUUGGGCUGGGGAAGAAGGGAUCCCUACUGUCCAGCUGCGGUCUCUGAAGUGACCAGAUGAGGCGCUGGCGGCCUGGCACUGUCGCCACCCGCCCAGGGGGAACGUGCGGCCGCCCCCCGCCGCAGCGCCCAGCCCCUCCCCGAGCAGUUCCCGGGGCUCACUCUGGGAUCGAGGUCAGGCCGGAGGCUCCUUGGGCUCCUGUGGUCACCCCUACCUUGGAAGCUUGGUCGGCCCGGCCCGGCCCGGCCCGGCUUGACCUAAUAGCAGGUCCGACCUACUCACUGCGGCUCUGCGGGGCUCGGAGCCAUGGAUGCCCUGCUCCCAGCACGCAGAGGGUCCCUCCCCGCAGACCCCUCCGGCGCGCGACCGGCUGCUCCCGAGAGCCGAGGGCCUUGCGGAUCAGCCCCAGUGCCGCGGACGGCCCCUUCCGGAAAGCGGCCUCCCGGCCGAGUGCGCGGUCCUCGGGCGCCCCAGGGACCGCGUCGCGGGAGCUGGCGCUGCGCGGAUUCGCCCCGCAGCCUCCGCGCGCAGCCAGCAACGCCUGCCCCAGAGAGGGAGGGGUAGAAGGGAAGAGCCGGAGCAGGGCCGAAGGAGGGAGGAGGAAAAGAUGGAGAGCAGGAAAGGCGGAGAAAAGGGGCGAAGGAGAAACAGCCAAAAGAUAAAACUAGAGAAAGAAAAACCGAAGGUCUACCAAGGUGUCCGUGUGAAGAUCACAGUGAAGGAGCUGCUGCAACAGAGGAGGGCACACCAGGCAGCCUCAGGGGGAACCCGGUCCGGAGGCAGCAGUAUCAUUUCAGACCCAGUAACAACAUCCUCUGCAGGACUGUAUUUUGAGCCUGAACCGAUUUCUUCCACACCCAAUUAUUUUCAACCCCGAGAUUUUUCCAGUUGUGCUUCUUAUGAUGAAAACUCAGGCUGCCUCGACCAGAUCUUUGAUUCCUACCUUCAGACAGAGACGCUCUCAGAGCCCUCGUUCCACGCCACGCAAAGUGCUCCACACUAUUUCCCGGACGGCUUCCAGGCUGCCCCUUUCUGCUUUAACCAGAGCCUGACCCCAGGAUCGCCUUCAGAUUCCUCCACUCUCUCUGGCUCCUUAGAUUACAGUGACUCGCCGGCUCAGCUACCUCCCUACACUCCUGGGAAUUUCACUUCUCCCACUUCUGUGGACACCAGAAACUGUGGCUACCCCCCAGAAGACUGCUCCUACCACCCCUCGCCCUCCAGUGCCCCGUACAAGGGCUUCUCCGUGGCCACCUCCACCUGCUGCUGCGCCUCCUGCGAGGCGGAGCACCUCGAUGCCGUCAGGACAGCAGCGUACUUUUCCUAUCCAGGGGCAGACUGUGUGGACUUUGCCUCCUCGGCAGCCACUGCCAGCGAUUUCUACGCCAGGGAAACGGACUGCGACAUCUGCUAUAGUUAAUAGAAACUACGCUUCCCUGGAACGUGGCAUGGGUACAUCUAUUUUUGUACCACGUCUAGAUGACACUUUUCAAAAUACGCGACCCAUUAAGAAACCACCACAAGUACGGUUUACCUAUCACUACUUUCAAUUUUCUGACACUAACUUAGGCUUUACUGUGAAGUCCUCAGACCUGGGCAGGGUGUCCCUCCUACUUAUGUGUUCACAGUCCACAUUGUUGUAGGAAACUUUCAAUGGUUUAGUUUUCUGUGUAAUGAACAAAAUUUUUUUACCAAUAAAUAAUUUUGUAUUACUAAAUGUUGGGUUAUUUUUUAAAUUGUCAAUGGUUUCUACUUGUUCUGUUAUCAAGUAAUUCUAGAACUCACUAGCUGUUCUUUGGUGUUUUCAUCUCAUUUAUUCAUGAAAUCUGAGGUUAUGUUAAUGUGAUAAGCUGCCUUUGCUCCCCUGGGAUUGAGGGUAGACACAGUUACAAUGGUGGAAAUGGACACCCCUGCCUCUGCUGCAGAUGGGGCUGUACAGCUUGGAGCAACAUUAAAAAGACAUUGAGUAAUGAUCAGUGCCUCAUACCUAACACGAAUCAAUAGAAUGCUUAUAUGACCCAAAAGUAUAUCUUACCUACAGCAGUGUUAAUCUGUAGAUAAUUCUUUUUUGUUUCCAAAGUAUU